GCAUAAGUUUUGAGUUCACUACCGAGCCGCGUCGGCGAGCAAUGUUCCUGAAACGGAAAUGCCGCAAGAGAAACGCCAUCCGCCGGAGUCCAGGGCGCAGCGCAGCCUCGAGACUUUGAUCAUCUUUCGGCGCAGCCUCAUCUACCAGACGAAGGAGUUCUUCCAGAACUCGACGCUCCACGGAGUGCGAUACAUUGCCGAAUCGGGCCGGCCCAUCGGCGAGAAGUUCAUGUGGUUCUGCUUCACAUCCAUCGGAGCGGUCACCGCGCUGGUCAUCAUCAUGAGCCUCUGGGAGAAGUUCCAGACCAAUCCGACCAUUACUGGCCUCGACACCGACUUCCACAACCAGAACGUGGUCUUCCCCACCACCGUCGUCUGUCCAGAGGCGGCGUUUGACCACGACAAGACCUACGAGAAGGUUUACAAUACCCUGGCUAACUACGACGAGGCCCAGGCCCAAAUGUAUACCCCGUUUCUGCGGAUUUUGACCUCUCUGAACUUCGAGAGCAUUCGGGACGCCAAGGUGCUGUCGCAGUCGAUUCCGCAGAACCUGCUAGAUGCGCACACCAUCCGGGAGUGGGCCUUCGAGGGUCACAUCGACUGCAAGAACGUCUUCGUGUCCUGCAAGUAUCGCGACGAGGAGAUACCCUGUUGCGAACACUUCGAGCCCAUUUACACGGAGCACGGCUUUUGUUACGCCUUCAACAGUCGUUUCAAGUCCACGCCCACUGAAGACGUAAAAACCGGAGCACCUCAUGACCUCUACGAAACCGACAAGAAGUGGGCACUCUUUUUCAUACCCAACAGCACUUCAAGUAUCUUUAUCUUUUCCAACGAGGAGUACUUCGGUUCGGAUUUCAAUGCUCAGAUCGACUGGUCGGACCCUCAGAUGGUGGAGGUGAGGAUAUCCAAGAAGAACACCUACACCACGGACGAUGCUCGCCAGCUGUCCAUUGGCCAGAGGAAAUGCAUCUUCAGCGACGAGGUGAAGCUCAACUAUUUCCCAGAUGCGUACACAUUCUCCUCCUGCAUGAAGCAGUGUCGCAUGAACAAGGCCAUCAAGUUGUGCAAGUGCAAUCCGCCCUUUUAUAAGCCGAUACCUAAUGUGCCUAUGUGCUCGAUCAAGGACUUCGAUUGUCUCGAUGAAUUCAAGAGCAACAUUACGAACAUCAAGGAUUGCCUGCAAUGCGAGCUCAGUUGCUCGAAAACCGUUUUCAACAUCGAUAAGCUGAUCAAAAUGUCGGAUCGACAAGAUAGCACAGGUGUGCUAGUCGAGUUUCUUACCUGGCCGAUUAUUCGCUAUAAACGUGAGGUCCUUUUCGGCUGGGUUGAUCUGUUGGUGUCCUUUGGUGGUAUUGCCAGCCUUUUUCUUGGAUUUUCACUGCUUUCCGGUGUGGAGAUUAUAUAUUACUUUACGCUGCGAGCCUGCUGCAUGGUCUAUAAAAAUUACCAAGAGCUUUACGAGAUCGAGGAGAAAAUCCGUCAGGAGCCGCCACCCAAAAUAGAUCUGAAACUGAGUUUAAAAUCCCACAAUCCAAGGGUCGGAGACACGCCCACUUCGGCGGUGCUGAAAGUGAAACCGGCGGAGGAGUCCGCAGGAACAAAUCCUUUGGGUGGUUAUCAAAGAAAACACGAAAAGGACUACUCCCUCAACACAAAGAACUAUUUUAAAACACCCAAAGUAGUGCCCGACUAUGGAUAUACAAGCAAAACGAAAAAUUCCUGGAAAACUUACGAUCAUUCUCAAUACAUGCCCUAAAGCUAAAGCGCUAAAAAAGUAACAAAAACCAACAAAAUAUUUGAUAAAAAAAUAAAAAAAAGUGGCUUAUGCUUUAUUUUAUCCUUGAACGAGAAAUGUAAUAGAUUUAACAAAACAAAUCAAUAAGCAAAAACAUUAAAAAAAAUGUAUUAAACAUUUUUAUGUGCUCAAAAUAGUUGUGUUUCCACAUAUUUCAAUUUGGCCUUUUGAUAUAUUGCUUAAAUGGUCUUAAAUAAUAAUUGAAUAAUGUAAUACAAUUAUUUCAGGCACAGCUGUACCCAAAGUAAGCUACCAACAAAUACUUAACCAUCAAUGAAUAUUAAUGCGCACCAGCUCUUGCGAGAGCAAAUACUCUUAUCAUGUAGUAAGCUUGUCUCUUUUUUUAAUAAAGAUAUAUUGUAUCACGCAGAUAUGCACCAGCAAUAAAGAAAUAUU